CUUGGGCUCUCUAGGCUAACUACAAAUGCUAGGUUUGAGGGAAAAAGUUUAUUCCCUUCUCGCACGUGAUGCUCGCCGCGAACUCGCGAUCGUUUCCAGCGCUUGAAAUGUGGCGCGCAUCAGCCGAUCGUGUAACCUCCGUGUCCGUUACGUAAGCGGCAUCCAUCCCCACCGAUAUCGAAACGGGCACGCUUCUUUCACGAUUAGGCUGGAGUUCUCUGCUGACGUGAAGAUUCAGUCGGUAGCUAGCAGUUAGUACAGCUCGUUCGGUCAGUACAGCCGCGGGUAUCAGAACCUAGGACCCAGGAGUAGAAUUCAAAUCUGUGCAAUGUGGUCUCUGGGUAAUGCCAAUCGUUCCCACCUUCGGAUUCUACUGGCCGUUGCUGUGGCUUUUAGCUGUGCGGGCCAAUCCCUAGCCUGCAGCUGUGUGCCGGUAAACCUCUGUCCGUCACAAGAAUUGGAUUUACAGAUGGCAGACAAGGACGGGUUAAUAUGUCCCGCCGGUAAAGUGUGCUGUGAUGCGCCGGUGGUCGAAAAACCUACCAGCUUGUUGGACGAACUGGAUGAAACGCCCUGCGAUGGAGUGUGCGUGACCAAUGCAUUGGAAUGUGCCGGUGAGAUUGACAACGACGAGUCCGGUAAGGAUUUCAUCGAUGUCAGAAAUUAUGGGGCUUCUAGUAGCUGUCCCGCCGACCAGUACUGCUGCCGAACCGGUGCGGACGAAGCUGCAAUCUGCGAUGGAACGUGCCAACCGUGGUUGCUCUGCAUUAUGCCAUUGACGCUUGAAGGUUGCAGCGAAGGAAAUGUGUGCUGCUAUGUGGAAAGUACACCGGCGAUGGAGACGAUCUACGAUAUUAACGCCAUGGCCGAUCCCGAUCCCGGCUUCGAUCGUGACAGUGCAUGUGCGUGGCGCAAAUUGCGCGAAGAUGGGAACCGGCUUCCCCCGUGGCUGGUGUCGGUGUGGGCUAGGGUCGAAAUCAUUGCUGGCAUUCAAAUCGACCAAUUUGUUUGCAGUGGAGUGUUGGUGGACUCGUCGCUAGUGCUUACGACGGCGAGCAAUGUGAAGAAUGUGCCUGCGGAGAAAAUGUUCGUGAAUGUUGGCGAUUACGAUAUUUCCAGCCGAUCUGCACUGAAAAUGCAAAAUAUAUACACCGUCAAGCAACAGAUCAUUUACGAUGACUACAACGAAACUUCCGGCCUGGUACACAACGAUGUGGCAAUGUUGCGCCUCACAACCCCGGUGCGCAAUGGACAGUGUGUCGCGUCGCUUAGUUCAUCACCGGAAGCACCGGAUAGCAGCUGCUACACAUUCGGCUGGAACCGAACACUGCUCACGGCCGGAUCCGGUCGUCCCGUGCGUUACCCGGUACAGCUGACCAGCUUCCUGGACGAUCCGUACUGUGUGGCCGGUGCGAUCUGUCUCGCUCGUGACGACGAAGGUCGAUGCAAUUAUGAUGCCCUGGACGGAUCGCCCAUCGUGUGCAGGAAAGGUGAAACGGAAGCCGAUUGGCGGCUUCGAGGGUUGCUGGCGAGCAACUGUUCCGGUGUGCCGGCUAGGGGUGUUACCGCGUGGCUCGAACACCAGCGGAAUCCUGGCUUCGUGCAAGAAGUGAAACCGUCCAUUCCGGACAGACAGUAUUUACCGGUGUUAUGAGUCGAGUAAAUGGAAAUUAUGUGAUUAAUAAAGGGGUUUCCCUAUCGUCGCUUUA